UAAAAUUGAUACACACGUUACUUACUUCAUGGUUACUCCGGCGUUAUUUAAGCCUCCCCGGGUCUUUUACUUUUUCUCUCGUUUGUUCUUUAUUGUUUCUCCAUAACACUCACAUGAUAUUCACUCGCGAAAACUCGAUUAAUUACGAUUGCACGCGCACUAAUCGCUAUCAAAAUACGAUUGUCUGGCAUUUUACAUGGCAUUUUCGAAAUUAAAAUCGCAUUAAAAAUCGCACAUGAUGCCUACUUUAUUCUAUAGUGCGAGGAAAAAAUAAAAAUCGCAAUUAUACGAAGCUACGAUCCUUUUGACACUGGAAAAUCGCGUGGCCAAAAUUAUAUAGCUAAGGAAUCAUAUAGGCACGCAUUUAAAACGAGAAUAAUCCCGAUAUUUUUUAGUACUUGUUCGAACAGUACCGCGAGGAAAUAAUACGCAACAGCACGCGUGUAUAAACAUAAACAAUAGCGGGCCAUACGUCACAUAGUUCGGCGCUUGUUUUCGCGACGAGCGCUCUGUCAUUUAUACACAUGUAGUCUGUAGUCACCUUGUCAUUCUCGCGACGAGGCUGAAGGAGGUAACAACGCGGAUCCGUAUGUGUCGUCGUCUUACUUCUCGAAGGAUUAUAAUAUCACGAUAAGUAUUAAAAGAUACCUCAAUCUCGUUUUCAUUUAAAAUGCAUGCGUGCUAUUAAUAUUAUUCGCCGGCAACAAAGCAACAUUCGAUCGCGCGUUAUCGUAGCCUCGUACAACCGUGAUAUUUUCGCGUUCUUCUCAACCGCAACAUAAAAUGAAGUACGCGAUUAACAUCGAGAGUGCUAUGCAAAGUGCCGGGAAAUGAUCACAUUCUUGGCGAUCGACGCGCGAUUGAAAUUAACCGUGUUUUCUCGCGAGUAAAUAUCAUAGAGGAGUGAUCAUGAAAAGUCAACGGAAAAUAAACAAGAAAAAGAUGGAAGAGGCAUCGGAUAACGGCAAAGAUACCGCGACGUACAAAGCGAAUCGUUGCGUGAGCGGGGGUGGUAGCCGCGGAAACGGGGCGACUGGCGGUACCGGAGGCGGUUCAGGUACUGCAGGAGGCCGCGGCGGCGGCGGGGGAGGUGGUAGCCCCGGUAGGGGCGCCGGCGUCGGAGGAGGAGGAGGAGGAGGAGGAGGAGGCGGCGGGGGAGGAAUAGACGGUAGCGUGGUGCCUGCUGCACCACCGACUACCGGCCAUCACCACCACCACCAUCACCAUCAUCAUCACCUCACGACCACGACUACCACGACUACCACCACCACCACCACCUGCGGCAACAGACACCACAGGCACAAACUGCCUGCCAGCAAGCAGUGCACGGAACACCGUCACCAUCCCCAUCAUCACCGGCAUCACCCACACCACCGCUCCCACCACCGGGGCAUGAACAUGGGUCAAAAGAUUUCAGGCGGCGUGAAGAGCAUGAGCCGGGAGAGCGGUGCCGGAGCCGGCGGCGGUGUCGGCGUCGGCGGUGGCAAUAAUACGACGUACACGCGGUCAGUGGUGCCGCGAGAGCUGGCGCAGGAUUUUGCGAGACCGGCGCGUCUCGACGUACUCCUGGAUAUGCCGCCUGCCUCGCGAGACACCCAGGUCCAUCACAGCUGGAACGCCGAUGACCGUAGCCUAAAUAUAUUCGUCAAGGAGGACGAUAAGUUGACGUUUCAUCGACACCCAGUCGCGCAGAGUACAGAUUGCAUACGAGGGAAGGUGGGGUACACCAAGGGCAUGCACGUAUGGGAGCUUUAUUGGAGCACGAGGCAACGGGGUACGCACGCGGUGGUUGGAGUCGCCACGGCGGAUGCGCCGCUUCAUAGCGUUGGAUAUCAGAGUUUAGUGGGCAACAAUGAACUUAGUUGGGGUUGGGAUUUGGGUAGAAACAAACUCUAUCACGAUUCGAGGAACAACAACGGUGUAACGUAUCCGGCCCUUCUUAAGCCCGACGAAACAUUCAUCGUUCCUGACAAAUUUCUGGUGGUCCUCGACAUGGAUGAAGGUACGUUAGCAUUCGUAGUGGACGGUCAGUAUCUCGGAAUAGCCUUUAGAGGACUCAAAGGAAGGAAAUUGCACCCUAUCGUGUCUGCCGUUUGGGGACAUUGCGAGAUCACAAUGAAAUACAUCGGCGGACUUGAUCCCGAGCCUUUGCCUCUCAUGGAUCUUUGUCGAAGAGUGAUUCGGCAGCGAAUUGGCAAACACAGGCUAGAGGAAAAAAUCAACGAGCUAAAUUUACCGCAGACGAUGAAGACUUAUCUUCUCUACCGGGACAGAAGGUAACCACCGAGUGAAUCUCCUCAAGAUACCACCACGAUUAUGACUGCGAACAUCACCGUGUUGCAACCUUGCCACUACGACGCGACCGUCCGCUAUCCCCUCGCAUGCCACCAAGGACAGCAAACUCUUAGCCGCGCGUUUCCGUUAUUAAUUAAGCGCACGACGAUCAACAAAUUGGCAUGGGUCAUGCGACAACGCGCCGAGACACGCCUAGUACCUCGUGAAGGCACGCUGAGACAGCGACGUCGCAAUACCAUAUUGAUAACAACUCGUGGCGCCCUUAUCAGGACAAGUCACGAGGACCGCAAUCCUCAUCAUCGUUAUUGUCAUCGUCGAUGAAUUCACCUCGAUAUAGUUGGCAGACAGAAGGAAAGAAAGCAUGUUUAAAAGGAGACAUAUUUCUGAAUUUAGGUGAUACUGUUGUCUUUUAUGUCGUGUACAAUUCUAUAUCGCGAUAGAAUUAAAUAUAUUUAUUGAUUAUUAGAAUUAUUCCGAGGAGCGCGGCGGUUUCGAUGGCUCUCGCAGUGACAGACGCGACACGCGUGCGCAUAUUGUACGAUCUUUUUCUUCAGUAUCCACCUUGCUGACGAUACACGUAUAAACGAACGGGGAAUCGCGAUGGCGAUUCAGUGCGACAAUUUAUGCGAAUUCGGAGACGCGCGGUUAGAGAAGGAAGACGAAAGGUUAUGCGAAAAUACGAAGAGACUACAAGCACUUCGCAAGUUGGCCAGUAACAAAAAUUAGACUUAAUCAAGCCUGGAGGCUGAUAGGGACGUGUCGUUUGCUUACAACGGGGAUUGAUCGAUAGUGGACAGCUGGUUUGCUUUUAUCCGGCCGCAGCAGAAGAAUGGUGGAGCAACAAAGAAGAUGGAGAGAAAGAGGUACACUGGAACGGAAGCAGAUAUGAAAAUUUUUUCUACGAUGAGGAACGAUACUCAGCGAAAAAUGUGACUUUGAUCGCACGAUUAACGUGGAACGAUUAAUUCAAUUUGGACAAGUGUGUAUAGUGAUGGAUAUAUUGGGCAGCCACCUUCCAAUAGACUCAUUUUUCAAGUAUUUUCUAAGCAUGCUAGGUCUAAUAAAGUAUAGUGGUGUGUGCGUGUAUCGUGGAUGGAUAUAAAAGGAAAAGGACGACGGGGGAAGGAAAUACGGAGGAAGAAGGAGAACAAAAGUAUAACCCUGCCAUAAUCUUUUCUUUAGCAGUGUUCGAAAUGUAGACAUUACAAUUGCGAAUUCUGCGAGGGAGGAAUCCGAGUGAAAAGGAACGCGAAGGGAAUAUAGAGGGUAAGCAUCUGAAACUCGCGCUGUGGUGAAUUGAUUAAUAAAAGACGUCUCUAAAUAAACUAAAUAACAAAAAGCAUGUUACUAAAAAUUAAUUAUCUACACAUCUAAUUGAUUUUAAUGCGCUGUAAUGACUUGCGGAAAAUAGUAUGUAUUUAACUAAUAUUUAAGAGAGAAGCGAGAGAGAGAGUGAACACGGGCAUUGGCACAAAUUAUUCCAAACGCGAAUUGAAAAACUGUCACACGAAGAGAGGGCCGCUAUGUAGUUAAAUAUAAUCCGAUAAGCGAAAAAAAAA